GGGCUUGUUGCAAGUGUAAGGUGCGCUGAAAGCCGCUGACGUUGAAAUAUAGAGUCUGGAUUCUGAUUUGCGAGUCAGCGAAGAGAGGGGUUUGCAUUUGCACUCUGCACUUUGCUUAGCAGUUGAAGAUCCGGUGUUGCAAUCUCUGCAUUCUGUAAUGGCUCCAAAAGCAAUAACGAGUCCGGUCCCCGAUGCGUGGUACCCUGCACUCUCCGUCCUCACUCUCGUCAUCGGCCUCCUCUUAACCGCCUCUUUCUUCAUUUAUGAAGCAACCUCUUCUAGGAAAAGUCGUUCACUUGCUCAGGAGCUGAUAACUGGAGCAGUGGCGUCAGUGUUCUUGGGUUUUGGAUCCUUGUUCCUCCUACUUGCUUGUGGCGUUUAUGUCUAAUUAAACAUUGAAUUCGAUGAAAAUUUUGCUAAGCAAAUAGCUUAAAUGAAAAAAUUUCUUUGGACAUUUUAGUUUGAUAUCUGACUAAAGUUAUGUUCUUAAUCUAUUAAUAACAAUGUUGGUUGUGUGUAAUGCUCCAGAAGAUUGUGAUAUCUGAUAUAGUUUUACAGUUUGAUUCUGGGGUA